AUGGCAAACAAUGGCCCGACCAUCAAGACUGAGCCUGGAGCCCAGGACGAAGAGGCAUGGGACGAGGAGCGUCUGGAACUGGCUUUGAACGAGCUCAAGAUAUUGCACAUCAAACUUCGAGGUUUGCGCACAACCAUCCCAAGAAUGAUGGAGCCACUCUCGGCCAAGCAGUCAUCCCCCCAAAUCAAGUUUGACUCCAUCCUGGGUUCUGUCGCCGCUGCCAAGAAGGAGGUGCAGGACUUUCAGGACCUUCGAAAGAGCGAAAAGAUCACCGAAAUCAUGGACCACGCUGCCCGGCGCCGAAGAGAAGAACCCAACGGGAUCAAGGUCUGGCAAGCAACAGAUCAUCCCGACUGGGCGACGACGACGGCGACGAUGGCGACAGAAUCAUAG